AUGAAACCAGCAGAAGAUGUGUUUUCACCGGGUAUUGAAUUGUCGAACCAAAAUAGUUUAGGCGUAGCCUGUUCAACUUUGAUCCUAAAUGAGACGUUACGAAGCAGAGAAUUUUCCUUUGACAAACUUUUUCGAACGGAGAGACAUGGCUAUCCAAGGAUGUUACAGGUUCGGACUCCCAAUCCCUUGCAGUACGAAAAUUUCUUGAUCCAUUUAAACUCCGGGGAGCACAAGAUUCCAUGUUAUGACUGUUUAGUUCCUGGUACAGCGUAUCAGAUGGCACCAACAUUUUAUGAAGAUCCUGGUCGCAAUUCAGAACAUAUCUUACGCAAUAAAACGAGAGCUGAGGUUAUAUUAUUUGUUUGUCUAUUCAGCAUUGCUUUCAGAGUGUCCACAUGA